AUGACUCCGAUCUCCUCCGCUACCGCUCCUUUGGAGCCGGGCUACUCACCUGACUGGUCCAACACCAUCCGGCUCUUUGUCCAAAACAUGGACUCCCGCACGAUUGUGAUCAUGGCGCGGCCGUAUGACACUUUAGGCGAGUUACUUGGUCGCUUCGCGGGUGUGGGGCAUAGGAGCAACCUGCAUGCCGUAUUUGAUGGUCGGCAGCUCCCUCCCAAGGCGCCGAUCGGCGAGCUCCGUCUUCCGCCGGACGCCUUGCUCCACCUAACCCCGUACCCCGAAGCAUGGAGCCUUGCGUCCCAGAUCGCCGCUGCGGCCACAGCCCAGAGGCUCGUCUCCGCGGAAACCGCAGAGUUCUUCAGGAACUUCUUUGGCAACGACAGGCAACGUAUGCCCCGGCUUGUGCGGUAUCUCGGCAUACCGCAUGGCGCACCGCAGGACGUCGUUGUUGCGGAAGCCUCCAGGAUGCUCGUCUCCAGGGACACUGUCCUGCUCGUCAGGAAGUUCCUCGACAGCGCCAGCACCGUCCACCAGCGGCAAGCCCCACACCACGCUGAAAUGAUGGGGGAGUACCUCGACGUCCUACUCCAAAGCGGUGUCAUCGGCCUUCUGGUCCGCCUCUACCUCUCCAACUCCAGGAAGUAUCAUAAUAGAGGAAAGUCGGCUAUCCUGUCCUUCCUGAUUCCGGAUGGCAGGCUUCCCCUUCAUCUCGAGGUGUGGUCGGCCCCAGUGUUCUUGCAGCUCUGCCGCAUGAUCGCCUCUGGCUCGACCCAUGGAAAAAACGACCCGAUCUACAGGGACUGUAGAGGGAAGCUUGCGAACUUGUUCUCUUUGCACGGGUGGCUGACGCUACCGGAGCCGGAGUUGCCUCGAGAGUGGUUGAUCGAGCAGCUGAUUCCUUUGGCCCAGGAGACGGCGGACGAGUUCAUUUUGUACAUGGGCCAGGGUACAUGGGUGCCCCCGGUCUUCGAGUUCAGGGUAUUCUUCUCGGUGCUGUGCCGAAAGGUGCGCGUGCCAUGUGCCGCCGACUCGUCGCCAGAUGGUCGCGCAGGAGCGGCACUGUCCCUGACGGCGAUGUCCCUGCUGACGUCGGUCUCUGGGUUCAUGGCGAGUUUGGAUUCGUCGGACAGGGACUCGACGCCGUCGAGCAAGCACCAGCAGGACGCGGCGGUUGACAGAAUCUGGGUUGUUCUAGGCGCGCUGGAUUCAUGGUCAGAGACGCACGCCCAGUUUGCCGCCGCCAUGCGGGACACACUCAUGGCACAUGUGGCGUACUUCAACGCACUAGUGCUGGGCACCAGCGCUGGGCGGAGCAGGCAAGACGACAUGGCCCGUAUCGUCUCCAAGCAUAGGGACAUCCUCGGGGUGGAGGCGCGGAGGCAUUUCUCCAAGGCGAUGCUGCCGGAACUAGAUGCGGACCUGUCACCUCUGGACAUGGAGCGGCCACUAGAGGUGCUCAUCUAUCGGUCGCGGCUGCUGUCCGAAUCCUUCUGGUACAUCUACAGCGCAACGCGCGACGAGCUCCAUGCCGGCCUGGACGUGGAGUUCGUGAACGAGGAAGCCAUCGGCGACGGGGUGACCAGGGAGUGGGUCACCCUGGUGUGCCGCGCUCUGUUCGACCCGCAGCAGGGCCUCUUUUCGCCAUGUCCACAUAACCGGCGAAGAUUCUUCCUGAAUCCAGCUGCGUCUGGAGCGGAUCCACUGCACUUCAAGUACUUCGAAUUUGCAGGACGGAUGAUCGGAUUAGCCCUGGCACACAAAAUACAGGUGGGGGUUCUGUUUGACAGGACGCUGUUCUCACGGCUAUCUGGGAGACCCAUCACCCUGGAAGACAUUGCAGACGCCGACCCAAGCAUGUACUCGAGCUGCAGGAAAAUCCUAGAGAUGGAUCCUGAUCUCAUCGAUUCAAACGCGUUGGGUCUCACGUUUGCUCGAGAAGUUGGAGCUUUCGGAUCCCGGGAAGUCAUUGAGCUCCUCCCGGGAGGGAGAGAUGUCCCUGUUGAUAGCAAGAACAGAGGCCAGUACAUCGAUCUUCUGAUUCAAGAUCUCUUCGCGAACAGCACCAAAGAUCAGCUAAAUCAUUUUGCUGAGGGGUUUAGAUUCAUGCUCGUGAGACCGGAGUUGCAGAGAGCUUUCUUCCACAGCUUGGAUCUUGAAGAUCUUGACCAGAUGCUGGGUGGACGCAUGAGCACCAUUGAUGUGCAAGAAUGGAAAGAAAAUACCACCUACCGGGGUUACAGCGAACAGGAUGAUCAGAUUAAUUGGUUCUGGAAGGCUGUGGCGAGCAUGACGGCUGAAGAGCAGAGACGGCUGCUCUUCUUUUGGACCUCGGUGGAGUAUCUACCAUUUGACGGUUUCGGCGGGUCAGAGCUGUGCAUGCAGAUAUCCAAGGCAUCAUCCAAGACUCCAGACCAUCUCCCGUCCUCAAGGACCUGCAUGUACCGCUUGAACUUGCCCUGCUAUACCUCCUUCGACAUGACGCUGAGCCGGCUACGCAUGAUCGCCCAGGAGCACGUGAGCACUAGCUUUGGUGAGAUAUAAGCUUCAACGCUGGCCUCAUAUGGGUAUCAAUAGUUUUCGUUCCCGUGUAUUUCCGAGCCAAAUGCAAAUCAGAAGUUGAAAAGGAUGAGGGACACACUUUGAAAUAGUUGAGGUUUUGGACACCAGGCAAAUCAUCGUGAUGUACUAUCAGGUUUAGUUAAAAGAACACAAAAUUAUUUGGUCAUUGGG